AUGGUCGGUAUUCUUCUGGGCUUGCCUGGGAAUUGGGCAGAAGACGAGCUCGAGUCUUCUGAUUACUACACAACAAAAAUCGGCGGUCUUCCGGAUUGGCCACCAUUACUCGAUGAUACACUGACACAAGAACUUCUCAACUGUUGUUCAUGUGGAAGUAGACUUUCUCUUGUAGCUCAGGUGUACGCUCCAAUCUCAACUGAAAAUGCGGACAUCAAAGAGCGUACGCUCUAUAUAUUUGGUUGCUUGAUGCCUAAGUGUGGAACUUCUGAGCAAAGCUGGAGAGCUUUUAGCGUUCACAAAGCUACACAAGAGAAAGAAACAAGUGAUUUGUCUGUCGCCUCGCCUCUGGAUUCAGCUUCCAAAUCUCAUUGGUUAGACGAUGUAGACGGUGAUGAUGAUGACGAUGAAGAUUUUGAUUUGGAGAGUUUAGCCAAAGCGAUCGCGGAAGCUGCUACCACUGUUGCUUCCAACACGAAGAAACCGAAGAGCAAAAAGCCAAGUGGCAAUGCUAGUUCAGGGACUAAAGCAAAGCCUUCGCCUUUGAAACCCGAAACAAGAGUUAUGAAUCAAAUCAAAGUCGAGACUGGUGCGGUGGUUCCGUGCUUCUACAUUUACUCGAAGGAAGAGAACCUCUCAAAAGACAUGAGACAUUCGUCCAUGGCCAUUAAGGAUAAAGAAGCCAGCAACAAUGAUGAGAGUGAAACCGAAGAAGUGUGGGAGGAUGAGAAAUAUGAAUAUGACAGAGCCCUGAAUGCAGAUAGAACUUACCUUAAGUUCAAGAAACGGCUAGAUGCAAACCCGGAACAGUGUUUCAGGUACUCAUAUGGAGGCAAGCCAUUGCUGGCCACAGAAGACCUGAAAUCUCCAGAUAAGUGCAGGCAUUGCGACUCUCCAAUGCUCUUUGAGAUGCAGCUCAUGCCGCCUUUAAUAUUUUUUCUACAUGAAGCUGUUGUUGAUAAAGAGCUUAAGCAGUCAUUGGAUAACUGGGAUUGGAUGACACUUAUUGUUUACACUUGUUCCAAGUGCUGCGCAAACGCGGUGAAUGGCGACUGGGUUGUUGCUGAGGAGUGUGUAGCAGUACAGUAUGAGAAACCGAUGAAUAUUGAUCAUUCUAGCUUCUUCAAAUGA